ACCCUAACCUCUUUCCCGAAAAAUUAGAAACUCUCUGCUUAAACCUACUCGAUCCUCAUCACCAUCGUCUCCCAUCACUCAUCUCCAAACCAUGGCCGUGUACACGUGUCCUAGGGUUUUCACCUCCCCCUCCUCCCACUGCUGCCGCCACCACCCCGACCUCGCCACCCGCCGCGCCGCCGACAAGCCCGGCCCCCGCUUCGCCGCCGGGUUGCCGACGGCGCCGUUCCACGGCCUGUCGUCGCUCAUUCUCCGCUUCCCGCCUAACUUCGUCCGCCAGCUGAGCACGAAGGCCCGCCGCAACUGCAGCAACAUCGGCGUCGCGCAGAUCGUCGCGGCGUCGUGGUCGAACAAAGACUCCGACGUUUCGGCGGUGCCGGCGGCGGCUAGUGCCUUCGAUGCCGCCGCCACCGCCACCGAUCUGGUCGUCCCGGCUCAGAUCGAGGCCGAGGAUGACCUGGCGGCUACCGCCGCCAAUGCCGCUUCCUCCGCCGCCGUGGAUGCGGUGUGUGGGAACGGUGUACAGCUGGGAGGCAUGCCUGAUUUGAAGGACGCCUCGUUUUUGAGCUCCGAUGGGAGCAUCGCAAUUCAUGCCGGUGAAAGAUUGGGUCGCGGUAUAGUAACUGAUGCAAUUACAACUCCAGUGGUUAAUACUUCCGCUUACUUUUUCAAGAAAACUGCUGACCUCCUUGACUUCAAGGAGAAGCGCGCAACUAGUUUUGAAUACGGGCGCUAUGGUAACCCUACGACAGUGGUUCUUGAGGAGAAGAUCAGUGCUCUUGAAGGAGCGGAAUCUACACUGUUGCUGGCAUCCGGAAUGUGUGCUAGCACAGUCUUGUUGAUGGCACUGGUUCCAGCGGGUGGGCAUAUUGUGACGACUACAGAUUGCUACAGGAAGACCCGGGUUUUUAUUGAGACCAUCCUUCCCAAAAUGGGUAUCACGGCCACAAUUAUUGACCCUGCUGAUGUGGGAGCCCUGGAAACUGCAUUGAAUGAGAAUAAUGUUUCUCUUUUCUUCACAGAGUCUCCUACAAACCCUUUCCUGAGGUGUGUGGACAUUAAGUUGGUUUCAGAACUUUGCCAUAGAAAAGGGGCAAUAGUCUGUAUUGAUGGCACGUUUGCCACACCUAUGAAUCAGAAGGCCCUUGCCCUUGGAGCUGAUCUUGUUGUGCACUCUGCGACAAAAUAUAUUGCUGGCCACAAUGAUGUCCUUGCUGGUUGCAUUAGCGGUUCAAUGAAAUUGGUUUCUGAAAUUCGUACAUUGCACCACAUUUUGGGUGGUGCUCUUAACCCGAAUGCCGCAUACCUGAUCAUUCGAGGCAUGAAGACUUUGCAUAUUCGUGUACAGCAACAGAAUUCUACAGCAUUGGGGAUGGCCAAAAUUUUAGAGGCACAUCCUAAGGUGGCACAUGUCUUUUAUCCUGGUUUGCCUAGUCAUCCUGAACAUGAGCUUGCCAAGAGGCAGAUGACUGGAUUCGGCGGUGUUGUCAGUUUUGAGAUUGAUGGAGGCUUGAAGAGAACAAUCAAGUUUAUUGAUGCCCUGAAAAUCCCAUAUAUUGCCCCCUCUUUUGGUGGUUGUGAGAGCAUUGUUGACCAGCCAGCCAUAAUGUCUUAUUGGGAUCUGAGCCAGUCAGAUAGGCUCAAGUAUGGAAUCAAGGAUAACCUGGUCCGUUUCAGCUUCGGUCUUGAAGACUUCAAUGAUCUUAAGGCUGACAUUCUGCAGGCCCUGGAGAAAAUAUAGAGUGAGCCGACCACCUAAUAUGCGGAUUUCUGUUUAAUUUAUUUCUCAUUUCCUUUUGGUGCUUCAAUUGAUGUUUGAUCACCGGAAGCGGUCGUUAUCAAUUCCAUUAGGACCCAAAACCUUUGUAAUUCCUCUGUAAUCUGCUCUUUUGAAUUCCUCCUUAAUCUUAAUCACUAUGCUGCUUUCGUUUAGUUUCUAUAUGACCAGCAGUUGGAUGAGAAUUGAGGAUGAAAAUCGACAUGAAAUAAAAAGCUUUGCAUUU